UUUCGUUUGUGCUCUUAGCAACAUUGAUCGAGUAGGGAAAAAAAACCCCGGCACGGAGAACCCUUCCCAGUUCCUCGGGCCAACGAGCUCCAUCCGCUUCCUCUUCUCCGUAGUCGCCAGACAGCUCCAUCCCCUUCUUUUUUCACUCUGCAAGUGUUUUAGCAAUCGUACUUACUUUUAGGGUUUCAUAUUCCAUUCCUGUUUGUGUAAAAUAUACAGUGAAGACCUGGGUUUUGGAUUUUAUUUUUCGCCAUCCAACGACACAAGCAGGUUGCGUUUGAAAAUGGACAGCGAGGAGUUGACCGAGCAGGAAACCGCAUUGUACGAUCGUCAGAUACGUGUAUGGGGGGUUGAUGCGCAGAGGAGGCUGAGCAAAUCCCAUAUAUUGGUCAGCGGAACCAAAGGAACAGUUAUAGAGUUCUGCAAGAACAUUGUUCUAGCAGGGAUUGGUAGUUUGACCUUGAUGGAUGAUCGUCUGGUCACAGAAGAACUACUUUCUGCAAACUUCUUAAUUCCUCCUGAUGAAAAUGCAUUUAGUGGAAACUCUCUUGCUGAACUUUGUUGUGAUUCUUUAAGAGAUUUCAACCCAAUGGUUCGUGUUUCUGUAGAAAAAGGUGAUUUAUCAAGCUUUGGUGGAGAUUUUUAUGACAAGUUUGAUGUUGUAGUUGUCAGUUGUUGCUCUCUUUCAAAGAAGAAGCUAAUCAAUGAAAAAUGUCGAAAGAGUCCAAAGCGGAUCGCAUUUUAUGCAGUUGACUGUAGGGAUUCAUGUGGUGAAAUAUUUGUUGAUUUGCAGAACUACACAUAUGCACAGAAAAAGCUUGAUGAUACUAUUGAACGCACAUUACAGUAUCCAAGUUUUGAGGAAGCAGUUGCAGUGCCUUGGAGUCAACUUCCAAGGAGAGUAUCAAAACUUUUCUUUGCCUCGAGAGUGAUAGAAAGAUUUGAGCAGGCUGAGGGGCGUAAUCCUGGUGAAACCUCAAUUGCAGAUCUCCCAAGUGUUUUGAAGAUAAGAAAGGAACUUUGUGAGGCACAGGCACUUAAUGAAUCUAACAUCCCAGAUGGUCUUCUAGAAAGAUUGCUGGUGGGUACAAAAGAACAUCCUCCGGUUUGUGCAAUCAUUGGGGGGAUUCUCGGUCAGGAAGUUAUUAAAGCGAUAUCAGGCAAGGGGGAUCCUAUCAAGAAUUUCUUUUUCUUUGAUGCCGUGGAUGGAAAAGGUAUAAUAGAGGAUAUAUCAAACCCAAGUACUGGAAGCUGAGGAGCUUUUGUCGGGGAACUUUGUGAUAUUUUGAGAUGAUUCUCGAUCAGGACAUCAUUCUAGAGGUUCCGGUUAAAUUAUAUCGGUUUCUGAAGUGAAUCAUGCAUUGGUGAAUCUAACAACUUUUUCUUGAGAAGUUUGAAUAUUAUCUGGGUUCUCAUACUGAAUAUGUUGUCAACCAUGUAAUGUAUUACCAACAAGGGCAUCUUCUAACUUUUGCCGGAUGUUGUUACUAACAAAUGGCAAAUUUAUACGUUAACCUGCAUUUUUUUCGUUUGUUUUUUAAACUGGUUUGAUGCUGUACAAACUGUUUGGAUCUGAUAUGCUUGCUGUUUAGUCAUUGUUUGUUGGGUUUUCUA